AUGAACCGCCGGAUAUUGCGGACGGUUUCAAAACUUGGUGCGCUGGUCGUGCUGGUACUGACUUUCGUCCUAAUACUCGACAGCCAGGUCUCCGUUAUUCCCAGUCGUUUGCACCAGUAUCUGCCCACUCAUCACCCCGGACUCGUUGUUACGGACGUCACAAUAGCUACAUGCUCAACGUUGAAUCUGUUCUCCACCUGCAGGUUGGAUCCAAGCGUGUGGUAUCGAGUGGAAAAGGAUCUCUUUCUGAAUACAGGAUGGACGUAUAAAGCCUACCUACAUGUCCAGAGGAAAAAUGAGGAGGAGCUCCUCCCGGAUGAAAAAGUUGUCGUGGAUUUGAAGAUGGGCCGGCUUGAUCCUGGAGCCGGAGUCGAUAAGAAAUGGGAAUCUAGGCCUGGAGGAAUAUGGCUUUUACGGUCGUCUCAUCAUACGGGGGAGUCUAAGCGAAUUACAGCGGUGGAUGUUCUCUUCGGCGCGGACGCUGUGGAUCCCCGUCCGAACUGGGAGAUAAAAGACACUCCGCUAUUAAUGGAUACACAUACUGAACCGCGUUUAACUAUACGGAGAGGGACGAGUGGAAAGCUGGAAAAACCGGUCCCAAGGAUACGGAAGGAUGGUAAAUUCAAGAUCAUGCAAGCCUCGGAUUUGCACUUAGCGACUGGCUUUGGCACCUGCCGGGAUCCAAUAAGUGUGAAGCCGACCCGCGAACACUUGAAUUUUUGGGGUAAAUUACUUGACGAAGAGAAGCCGGAUUUGGUGGUACUGAGUGGUGACCAGAUCAAUGGCGAUACUGCACCCGAUGCCCAGACGGCAACUCUGAAAUUUGCAGAGCUCUUUAUUAGACGCAAGAUCCCCUACACGGUUAUCUUCGGUAACCACGACGAUGAGGGUGACCUUAAUAGAAAUGCCCUCAUGACUUUAACGCAGAACCUGCCUUAUUCUCUCGCGAAACCUGGCCCGGCUGAUGUAGAAGGCGUUGGGAACUACGUUGUCGAAAUCCUCGGACAUACCUCGUCCCACUCUGCGUUGAGCCUUUACAUGCUCGACACGCACAAAUAUUCUCCCGACGAGCGUCGAUAUCCUGGCUACGAUUGGUUAAAGCCUAGCCAGAUCAGUUGGUUUAGGAAUACUGCGCAAAGCCUGAAGAAGGAUCACCAGGCAUAUACCCAUAUUCAUAUGAAUUUAGCAUUCAUCCAUAUCCCGCUCUCCGAAUACCGAAAGGUCAAAAACUAUUAUAAAGGAAGUUGGCGCGAGGCCCCAACGGCCCCUAGAUUUAAUUCAGAAUUUAAAGACGCUCUUGUCAACGAAAAUGUUGUCGUCGUAUCGUGUGGACAUGACCACGCGAAUGACUACUGUAUGCUUGAAAAGAAUGAAAAGGACCUGCCAGCAUUGUGGAUGUGCUACGCUGGUGGUGCUGGUUUCGGCGGAUACGGCGGAUACGGAGGAUUCGUCCGCCGGGUUCGAUUCUUCAACAUUGACAUGAACGCGGCCCGUAUUAUUUCUUACAAACGUGUUGAAUCCGGAAAUACAGAAGAACGAGUUGAUGAAAUGAUGCUUGUCGACGGUGGAAAAGUCGUCCCUCCUCAGACCACCUGA